AUGGAGAGUGAUCAAUCAUCCAACCCCCAAACUGGAAGGACAACUUGGACUCCUCCCAUGGAUAGACUGUUCAUAGGUCUAAUGGAAGACCAAGUACAGAAAGGACAACUACUCGAUGGUCAAUUCAUUAAAUAUGCUUGGACACACUUUGUUGAUAAUUUCAAGCAGAGUUUUGGUUCUUCUUUUACCAAGGAUGUGUUGAAAAAUCGUAUGAAAACUUCGAAGAAGAACUAUGUUGCUGUGAGUACUCUUAGAGGUCAAAGUGGAUUUGGAUGGGAUCAGUCGCGAGAAAUUGUGAUUGUUGAUGAUGAUGUAUGGGAUGAUUAUAUCAAGAAGCAUCCUGAUGUCAAAUGCUGGAGGACAAAGACCCUUGCGCACUUUGAUGAGUUAGCUAUUAUAUUUGGGGAUAAUAGGGCCAAUGGAAGGUACAGCCGUUGUAGGAAUGACAAUACUGUGCAAGAUGAUGAUGACCAUGAUAAUGAAAAUUUAGAUAACACGCAAUCUCCAGAUACCCCUCAAGAACAGAAUGAGAAUGGAUAUAAAUAUAAGGAUGAGGACUUGCGUACAUCUGACACUCAAAAAGGGCUCGAGCUUCAACAGGUCGGAAUUCACGUCCUUUUAGAAAGACCAAAAAGAGUACAGGAGAAGAAUGGGUAG